CCUAUCAAACACACUGAGCGGAUUAAAACACAUUAAAAUGCCACAACACAUUUUCCUGGCACGACACAUUUGAACAGCGUUGGUUCAUUCCUACAAACAGGUUGUUUAGGCGUGGAAGCACCGCUCUUUUCUGAGAGCACGCUGUUUCUCUUCAGCAGCCCCACUUAACGGCGCCGAAACGGAUAUGUGUUUGGCAAUACCAGCGCUGUCCGCUAGGUGCCGGCGCUUGCUAAAUUCAACGCGCCAGUUUCUCGUUAGCAAGACGGUUAUUAGCGCAGAGCCCCAGCGGACAGUUUUCGGGUGGCAGCAACGCUCAUUUCCGGAAAACGGGUGGUUCUUGGCCCUUGCAGCGCUCUUUAAUACCUGCGUUCUGUAGUGCUAGUUCUCUGCAAGGUUUGCUUAGCGUUGUUUCAUUUCGGUUUCUUUUCUCGCUAUGUUCUUCUGUCGGAAUUACGGUUCGUUUUGGUUCUAUGUACUCUCUAAAAUUUUACCGUUUUUCAUUUGUCCACGAAUCUUCGUGCAUUUGCUACUAAUGAGUUUCUUGAUAUCUGACUGGCCUCCGCCCACGGGCUCUGGAGAGCAUAAAUACCCAGGCUGAGGGUAGUGCAGAAGACUCUCCCUCCUUGAUCAGCGCCAACGUUUGUUUCCUCCUGGUCUGAGGCUUAAGCGAUGGAGCAACAUUUUCUUGGCUGUGUGAAGCGGCCUUGGGAUUCCGCGGAGGUGGCGCCAGAGCCCGGGUCUCCGCCUAUUGUGAGUUCAGAAGAUCGUGGGCCGUGGCCUCUCCCUUUGUAUCCCGUACUAGGAGAGUACUCAUUGGACAGCUGUGACUUGGGACUGCUUUCCAGUCCUUGCUGGCGGCUACCCGGAGUCUUCUGGCAAAACGAACUCUUUCCUGGAGUCCAGAGCACCUUGGAACCAAGUACAGCGGAGUCCCCUGGGUUCAGUUGGCCGGGGACACAGAAGCAGCAAGAGGCACCCGUGGAAGAGGUGGGGCAGGGAGAGGAACCCGACAGACUCACGCUCCAGCAGCUUUCCUGGGGCAGUCCUCCCCAUUCCUGGAACAGACAGCAGGACACCGACGUCUCUGACAGCGGGUGCCUUUCGGAACGCCGCCAUCCUCCUGCCCUCCGUCGGUGGCGCCACCCCCCGGGUUUCUCAGACUGCCUGGAGCGGAUUCUUCGCGUCGGUUUUGCCGCGUUCUCUGUACUCUGGGCGUGCUGCCUACGAAUCUGUGGAGCUAAGCAGCCGUAGAUAUCAGCAGAAGCCUCUUUGGAUUCUCCUCCCUGAAAAGAUUCUCAGUUACCAAGCGU